AGAGAUAGAGAGAGAGAGAGAGGGAGAGAGAAAAGGAAGGGAGGGAGCAAGGGAGGGAAGAGAGAUUAGGAGGGGACAGGGAGAGAGACCUCAGAGGGGAGGAGGGAGAGAGGACUCAGAAAGUGGAAUCUGCACAAGCAACCUAAAGGGGGAGGAGAAGAAAAACCCUAGAAUCAUUAUAACUAAACCCCAGAUGCAACGCAAGCAAAGACUUCGUCACAUUAAAAUACAUUUUGUGAGGGCCAAGAUUAUAAAUUACGAAGCAGAAAUGAAUAUCAAACAACUUCCAGCGGUUUGCACCUAGAGAAAAACAAGAAGAACCCACUGCAAACAAUCAAGUCCGGUCCAAACAACGCCUCCAGCAGGAAAAGAGGAAUACCGCUACAACACGACCCCCUGAGAAGGGACCAGACCAGCACGCUGAGAGCGCAGGACGUCUGCACACCUCCGAGGGUGCCGCUGACUCAGUGCACUUCGCUGCUCUCCGGACAUUAAUUACAUCCUUCACCUUACAUUUGGGGGAGGGUGAGGAAGGCACUCACCUAAGCUGAGUGAAGAAGUCCUACCAGCUUGGGAGACAAGUUUAAGAAUGAAACAGUGAAUGUUUCGCUUUGAUUUUUAAAUUUACUUUAGCACUUAAAAGACCUCAUUUCCAGAUUUCUGGACAAUCUCGGCAGCAGAUAUCUAAACUAAACCUUUUGUUAACCUGAAGUUUUCUUGUCUUCUCUUUUCCCUCCUCCCCCUUAUCUCUCCGGCUGGCAAGCACAUCUUUAUUUUACAUAUCAAGAGAAAGCAAGAAAGUCCCAGCAGGUACUUUUCUUUUUGAAAGAUCACUUUUUUCCCCCCCCCGCUAAUUUUCUGGAGAAGAAAAGGAUUUCGGACUGAGGGGAAAGAGAGAUCUGGCCUGCUGUAGCAUCAGCGGGUCAGCCCAGGUGGAAAGCAAGAGUGAAAGUGGGGCUUAAGGGGAGCGCACUGCCUCUUUUGCAAGCCGCAGGGCCACCACCAGUGUGUGAGCCUUGGAUCCCUCAACGUAUUGCGAGACGCCGGUGUAUAGCCCGGACCUGUGCCCCAACAUGAUCGCCGCUCAGGCCAAGCUGGUUUACCAGCUCAAUAAAUACUACACGGAGCGCUGCCAAGCGCGCAAGGCGGCCAUCGCCAAGACCAUCCGAGAGGUCUGUAAGGUGGUCUCGGAUGUGCUAAAGGAAGUGGAGGUGCAGGAGCCUCGCUUCAUCAGCUCCCUGAGCGAGAUCGAUGCCCGCUACGAGGGGCUGGAGGUCAUCUCGCCCACAGAAUUCGAGGUGGUGCUCUACCUCAACCAGAUGGGUGUCUUCAACUUCGUGGACGACGGCUCUCUGCCCGGCUGCGCGGUGCUCAAACUGAGCGACGGUAGGAAGCGGAGCAUGUCUCUCUGGGUUGAGUUCAUCACAGCGUCCGGCUACCUCUCCGCGCGUAAGAUCCGUUCACGUUUCCAGACGCUGGUGGCUCAGGCGGUGGACAAGUGCAGCUAUCGGGAUGUGGUCAAGAUGAUCGCAGACACCAGCGAAGUCAAGUUGCGCAUCAGGGAGCGCUAUGUGGUGCAGAUCACUCCUGCGUUCAAGUGCACUGGUAUCUGGCCUCGCAGUGCGGCACAGUGGCCUAUGCCUCACAUCCCCUGGCCGGGCCCCAAUCGGGUGGCGGAGGUCAAGGCCGAAGGGUUCAACUUGCUCUCCAAGGAGUGCUACUCGCUGACCGGCAAGCAGAGCUCCGCGGAGAGCGAUGCCUGGGUGCUACAGUUCGGGGAGGCCGAGAACCGCCUGCUGAUGGGCGGCUGCCGAAACAAGUGUCUGUCGGUGCUGAAGACCCUACGGGACCGCCACCUGGAGCUGCCAGGCCAGCCACUCAAUAACUACCACAUGAAGACGCUGCUGCUGUACGAGUGCGAGAAACACCCGCGGGAAACGGACUGGGACGAGGCGUGCCUGGGCGACCGGCUCAACGGCAUCCUGCUGCAGCUCAUCUCUUGCCUGCAGUGCCGCCGCUGCCCACACUACUUUCUGCCCAACCUCGACCUUUUCCAGGGCAAGCCCCACUCGGCCCUGGAGAGUGCUGCCAAGCAGACCUGGAGGUUGGCCAGGGAAAUUCUCACCAAUCCCAAAAGCCUGGACAAACUAUAGGGUGCUGGGGACUGCUUGAAAAGCGAUGCAAACGGGAAUGCUCUCAUCCACCCAACACACCACAAACAGCGGGAACUCCGGACACAAACUUUUAUGUAAGCCACCUGAAAGAAACAGGAACCAAGCAGCAGACCUCCUUGAAUGCACAAACCAACAAAAAGAGAGCAACCCUACCAACAAACCAAACAACACAAAAUCACAUUCUUGCACAAAGUGAUCGUUUUCUUCCAAACAAUGUGAAUUUAAGAGGUCACACAAAAGAAGCAAUCGGGCUUUGCCACCACAAAAUGAAACCCAAGGUACAUUUUCAAAUCAAUGUAUAGUAGUUCUCCCCUUUUCCUUCUCUCCCUUUCUCUCCUCUCUCUCCUUCUGUCUCCUCUUCUCUCUCUCUCUCUCUCUCUCUCUCUCUCUCUCUCUCUCUCUCUCUCUCUCUGCCUCAUUUCAUUUUGUUUUGGGUUGCCUGAAUGUUGUCACCAAGUGAAAAAAAGUAUUUAAUUAUAUGUAAAAUUUCUCUUUUAAAAAAAGUUUUGCUGAUGUUAAAUGUAUCUCAGUGCCAAUGUCAGACUGUGCUCCUCCCUCUCCUGCACCUCUACCCUCACCCUAAGCAGUCUUGUUGAAAACAGAAAUAAAAAUAUUACUUUACAUUGUAA